GCGUACAUGUGUAUGUACGCUCUAACACGUAUUAGUUAUAAUAGCGUACAUGUGUCUGUACGCUUUAACACGCUUUAAUAAUGAAAUAAUACAAUACUCGAGUUGUUGGGAGAAGUUUAUACUGGAUCUUAUACCACACUCUAAUACGCCCUCUCAAAUGAAAGCCAACUCACGAGCUUGAAGUUUGCACAGACUCACCAUACCUUGUGCUUUAAUCAACUGUUAAUAUUGGGGGUCGUGAAAAUUCGAACACACGACCAAUUGGCCAAACCAGCUUUGAUACCAUGUCACAAACCAGUUGGUCCUAAUAACUCGAGUUGUUGAGAGAAGGUUAUGCUGAAUUUUAUACCACACUCUCAACAUAUAUUCACAACCAUGUGUGAGAACCAUGUCACUAGAGGUGACAAUUCUCAAUCCAAUCCACCAACCCAUUAAAAAUAUCCACCUAAUCCAAUUCAUUUAAUUCCAAUCCAUUUGAUCCAAAUCCAAUUGGAUUGGUGGAUUCAUGGAUUGAUCCAUGGAUCCAAAUGACAAAUUACGGUUUGGUGCCUAUAAUUUUAUAUUUUACAUUUUUGUACCCAAAAUUUAAUUUUUAUACGAAAAAUUACAUUGGAAAAUUACAUUUUGGUAUCUAAAACUUUUCAUUAUGACAUUUUAGUACCUAAGCUUUUUACAUUUUACAUAUUGGUCCUUGGUUGAGGAUGUCAUUUGGAUUCAUGGAUAAUCCACCAAUCUACUUGAUCGAAUCCAUUUGAUCUAUGAAUCCACCAACCCAAUGCACCAAUUCAUGGAUCAAUCCAUUUGCCACCUCUACAUGUCACAGUAGCUAGAAAUCAUUGAAUUAAGUGCAGUCGCGUUGUUAUCACGUAUCACAUUCUUCAUCCACCCUGCGAAACGUAUACGAGCAAUCCAAUAAUUUCAAAUACAUACAAAAUGAUGCUCGUAGAUGGACUAUAAACACAUGAUUGGUUGUUUCGUAUGGGUGAGAUUAUCUCCCAAUUAUUUUGUUUAGUCGUUUUAUUUUUGUGAACCAUGUUUCUUGUCUCUUAAAUUCAAAAGGCCACGUUACAAUCUUGAGACAGAAAAUGGCCCGCCCUAUAGUCCGAUUGCUCAUUUGCUUCUCAAAUGCCACCCGUUAAUGCCAUACAGGGCUGAAAGAGUAGUCGGCUCGAUUAAGACCUCUCCUUUUCGAUGUGAAGACAAAACUAAUGGGCUUCUGUGGCCCAAAAUUAAGGCAAUAUUAACGAUAGAGCUUCCCGCCUAAUAUAGGAGUGGCUAUACGGUCAGAUCUGGUUAAAUUGACCCAAAUUAAUUCGGUCCAGUUCGGUAUUUUUGAAAAUAUAAGGACCAAAGAUUAUAUUGGAAUUGGAUACAAUCCGGUCUUGAUCCGGUCCGGUCCCAAUUCGGUCUUGAUUUUAUAUUGAGCUUGUGGGGAUUUGAGUGGCCUAAGGUCUGAAAGGGUGAGGAGUUGGUUAAGUUUUUUACUAAGUGCAAAAGUUUGUGACUGUUUAUGCAAAUUACCCUUAAUUAUUUACGUUAAUUAUUUACACAUAACUUUGUUAUUGUAUCUUAGGGGUCGUUUGGAAGUUGCGAUUGUUAAAUAGAUGUAUUGUUGAGAAUGCAUGUAUAAUAUUAUACGUGUAUUGUCGAAUUUGAUGCAUUGUAGAAUACAACGUUUGGUAUGUGUGAUUGUGUAUGUCGCAUAAGCUAAAAGCUGAGACAAAACAAUCUCAACUCAACUAUCUCAACAAUCACAACUAAAAGUUGAGAUAUAACAAAUAACAAUCACUCAAAAUGAGUAAUAGUUUCUGUCACAUCAUAAAAACAAUCCAUGUAUUGUUGAUUUGUUUCUACUAAAAAAACAAAAAAACGGUGCAUUGUAAACUAUACAUGCAUAAUGACAAUCUCAACAAAACAAUCACAACUUCCAAACGAUUCUUUAUGUCUCCCAUGAACGUAAAAGUUUGGUAUUAUGAAAUUAAACAGCAUAACCAAAUAGUACUAGUGUAUUUAGAGUUCGAAGUAUUCUCCAACUUUCAUAUAUUGGCCUAUUUGAUUGAUCCAAAAUUAGUCUAGAUCAACACCCCCAAACCCCAAUUGAUUCGAUAUAACGUAUCCUUUCCAUAAAACCAAUUUUCAAUCAACACCUCAACCAUGGCUGGUUGUCAUAAAUUUUGUUGGAGCUUACGUGUGGCAAAGAGAGAUGUGAGUUCAAGACAGGCAGAUGGAUCUUUGAGUCCUACACUACAAAGUUAGCACAGUAAGUACUUCGUCGUCCCGAUAACGCCAUCCAUCAAUCAUUCAUCGAUCAUUAUCCUCAACCACCGAUAUACAUUUCAUUUCCAAUUGGGAAAAAAGGAAAGAAAUGAUGAAAAGAGAAGAAGAAGAUAUCUUUUUUUGUGUUAAUAUUCAAUUCUAUCCACUGCCUAUAAAAUUCCUCCACAAAGUAGCUUUAACACUUAACAGAAUAAAAGCAGGCUCGAAUGAUAUGAUAGAAAGAAAAGCCAGCUAGUAGCUUCCUUGAUCCAUCCGCAGCUUUCUUUCAGCCUAACACUGUCCCAAUUAUUGAAGGCAUAUGUGAUAUGCUUUUACAAUAUAUUGUUCAUGAGACUAAUCCGUAAUCAUUCAGAAUUUAACCACCAAAUACCAUCACAAUUCUGUGAAUAUUUUGUAUUACAACUAUCAUUAUUCAUUUGAUCUUUUUUCUUAUCGUGAACUGAUCACUUUUAUGUAAUUUCUCUUUUUUAUUAUUAUUGAUGAAUACUAGAGAAAAAUUUACCAUAAUAUUACUUUAACAAUUAAUUAUUCGUUGAUUUUUAAUUUGGAGAUCUCAUACUCUAAUCUUAGUGAAGAGUUUUCACUAAAUAUUUCCAGUGUGAGUUAAUUACUUUUUUUUUUGUAACAUAAUACUAAAGAAGAUCGAUGGUUUGCGAAAGGGAAUUUUAACCCGAGAUUCAAACCAGGAAUCUUCGAGUUCAAAACUAAGAAUAGUACCACUAAAUCAAAUUCUUAUUCAUACAUAUUUCCGAAACAGAUAGUAGACUUAGUAGUACUAACUAAUAAUCAUCCUUAUUAAAUCCUUGAUUUUCAAAAUACUUGCACACAAAAAAUGAAGAGUCCGCAAUCGUGUUUGUAUAACCAUACCGUACUGAUAAUUCGAUUAAAAAUCCUUAUAUCAUAAUCUAAAUAGAUAAAAACAUUUUUACAAUAUAUAACGAUUGAACCACUAUUAAAUUAUUGUUUAGCACAAAAUAUGAAGUGUGAACUUAUAGCUAAUCAAUUAUUGAUAAUCCAAUCAAAUUAAACUCACCAUUACCUUUCCCCUUAUAGUUAUAUAUAUAUAUCACCAUCUCAUCACUCUUUCUCCCUCCACAACUCGCCCAAACAAUCAAAAAUGGCACUAACAAAACUCGCCACCCUCGCCGCCGCCUUCUUCUCCCUCCUCCUCUUCCUAAACCCCUCUACCACCGCCGCCGCCGGCAGCGCCAACAGCCUCGUCAUCCAGACCUGCAAGCAAACCCCAAACUACGACCUCUGCGUCUCCACCAUCACCGCCGACCCCCGCGCCGCCACGGCCGCCGACGUCGACACCCUGGCCCUCGUCAUGCUCGACGCCGUCAGGACCAAGGCCACGGCUGCCGAGGGCCGCAUCAAGCAGCUGAUGAAAGCGGCGCGGUCCUCCGCCAUGCGGAAGCACCUCGGGGCCUGUGCCGAGAUUUAUGACGUCAUAAUUAACGACGAGAUUCCCGAGGCCGUGCAGGCGGUGCGGUUGGGGGACCCGAAGUUCGGGGAGGAGGCGAUGAACGACUCCGCCGCCGAGCCCGGCUCGUGUGACGACGAGUUCGGCGCCGGGAAGGCGUCGCCGCUGGCGGAGCAGAAUCAGGCAGUUCGCGGGGCUGCCGCCGUCACGGCGGCGAUCAUUCGGCUGUUGCUUUGAGAUUGGAUUUUAGGGGAAGGGUGCUUUUUUUUUUUUUUUUACUUGCUUGAAAUUAGCUGGUAUUUGUGUUGCUUUCAAUUUUGAUAUACGUACACGUGUACGAUUUUUUGGUGUUUGGCAUGGAGAAAGUAUAUAUAAUAUGACUAUUUUUGUUCGAUUUACCGAUUCGGUGUCGUCAAAAGUAUGGUAAUUUACUAAUUUGGAUCUUCUAAUCUGUAUCCGCAAAAAUUGGGUUUAUGAAAUUUGAAAAAUGGUGUUAUUGGUUUAUAAUUUACGUGUCACAUCAUUACGUUCAAUCAAGUGCGAGCCAAAAGCAAGAGUGUGACUACCAUUAGCUAACGUAGUGGCCACUUGAUUACAUCUUCGAUAAGUAUGUGCAACUUUUCAUGAUAAUAAAGAUUAGUUUUGUAUUAUCAUCAAAAAAAUAUUCAGUUUAUAACUAAAGAUAUGCUAAUCAAAAGUAUAUAUAGCUCCGUCGAUGAUUUUUGUGGACCAAAACCAAUAGAACCAAAUCAGUUCUUACUAGGUCACUAAGUAACAGUAGAGGAAGUAAUUUCAAUGAGAGGAUACUAAGUAUAUAAAUCAAAAGUUGGAAUCAAAUGAGUUAUGAUUCCAAUGAUGAUCAAUUCUUUGAAAAACCGUCAAUAAUUAACUAGAUUGUGGCCCGGCCAAUUGGCCGGGUAGUUCUUUUUUCGAGAAAUUUUAUUUUAUUUUUUCAAAUAACAUACAUUUACAAUUUCACAUGAAUGUUAAGAUUUUUAUUUUAAUUAGGAAAAAUUUAUUAAAAUGUUUAAAAUUGUUACAAUUGGAUAAAACAGCGAAAAUAUCUAGAGACAAAACAAACUAUGAAAUUAACAUUUGAAGAUAAAAAAUUAUUUUCCAUCUUAAAAUUAUAGGAUCGUGUAUUAAACUAAGCGGGGCUUCGAAUAUAAAAAUAAUAUGAUAUAUUACUUAAUAGAUGAAGCUAAAAAGAAAAAUAAACAAUUUUAUAUAGACUAAAGUGAAAAGGAUAUUCAUGAAUUAACUUCUAUAAAUAGAUAAAAAAAAAUUAGCUUGGACUUCCAAAUCCAUUGUUGGAUAAAUUCUUUUGUGACCAUGUUAUACGCCCUUAAUUAAUAAUUCAUUUUUGUCACCCUCUCUUGUUUUUUCGUAAAGGAUUUCUUGUAUCUCUUUAGCGUUUUUUAAUAUAAAAAAAUCUAAUAUCAUCUCACCCCUCUCGUACCAUAAUUCAACCACUAUGGUAAGUUUGAUAGCACCCUCGUACCUCUAUAAUACCACGAUAUUAUCACUACAGUAAUAUAAUGGUAUGGCAGGGUUAUGAUGACGUAAAUUUGUUUGUUCCAAAAGAUAUGAAACUUGAUAUCUUCUUGAAUAGCAAAAAAAUCUGAUCUUUCUAUGUAAAUAUUUUUUAAAUUCGAUAUAAAACGAAUGAAACAUGGUCCGUUGAAAUUUUGUAGGAGAUUUGAAAAGUGUUUAACAACACGAAGUAAGCUGUCUUCCAGCACAAGACUGAAACGGCAUAUUAGGUAUAGACCUAAUCUUAUAUGAGGUCGACCUAAAAGUGCAAGUUACGGUGACAUACAUGUCACCAUAACAAAGUCCUAAAAUUUGAUCUCAAAGAAGAGAUUAGGAGUCUUUUAACAUUGAAAAUUUAGGAUAGGAUCAGAAUGAUUCUUUGAAUAUAAGAUCAUAAUAAAUGAAAAACAGGAAGUCUAUAAAAAAUAAUUGAAAAAAAUAGAAUUUACUGUCCAGGUGUCUUCAAAAGAUUGAAUUUCCACAAAUAGUGUAAGAAGUGGGUUAGUGGCCGUGGGCUUGUAGAAAAUGAAUAAGACUUUGUGGG